CCCGCCAUCAUCUCCCGCUGAAGGUAGCGGCUCGUCUUCAGAAGAUAAUAGUGAGAUCAGCAGCCCGACUCCUGAUACUCGUGACACCUCGUCCAACGCAACUGCCAUCUCACAUCACCGUUUUGAAGAUGCAAGUACCAAUGACAUGGACUAUGAGGAACACAUAAAGACUCCCACAUCUGUGUGUGUUACCGAAGAAGGUGCAGAGAAGGAGGUGCGUGUUGGUUGGAAAGGCCAUGCAACUCGCUGGAAAAAAAAUUCGGUACUGAGGUAUAACAUUUGCACACAUACUUUCCCGAGCCUUCGGUGGGCAAAGUUGGUGGCGCAUGCAGCGGCAGAAGCAAUUUCGAUGUGGCAGAAUAUCGGUGCUCGCUUUGAGGAAGUUGGCCGUGAUGAAAAAGCCACAUUUGCAAUAAAGUACUGCUUCGAGCCAGAUAAUUGCAGGCGCGAUGUCUAUGCUAGUGCUUUCUUUCCAAAGACCUCGCCAGGCGAGUUAUUUGUGUACGAAGUAGCACUGGAGCCUUCCCAUGUCGGCUUCUUGACUAACAUUCUCGCUCAUGAAUUCGGUCAUAUUCUGGGUCUCCGCCAUGAGUUUGCUGUUGAAACAUCUUUUCUCUGGGGAGAAGCGAAUGAUCGAUCGAUCAUGAAUUAUUUCAGCGACUUGAAUCAGCUUCAAGUAGGAGAGCAAGAUCGCGAAAACUUGGCGACGUAUUAUGAAUGCGAGGCAGGUCAAUGCGAAAGGCUCUCGAUAACUGAUAUCGAACCACGGGUAUUCCGAUUUCCC